GCCUGACUACACUGGCUGAACCAGCACAGCCCCAGCACAAGUGGCGGCGGGAGGCUGGACCCCUGGCCGCCCUCCUUCCCCAUCACAGCCGCCUCCUUUGGCUGAUGACAGGCGGUCUUUGGCUGUUCCUUGCAAGCCCGUGGACGCCACUCAAGAUGUCCUCUUUUGGUGGCUGGGGACUGCUCGCAGCCUUUCUCGCCCUGUUCUGCUGCCCAGGGUCUGUUGAGGAGACGUUUGAGGUACACAUGUGGCCAGAGCAGCUGAUGGUGGCGUCUGGGGAGUCUGCGCUGAUUAACUGUAGCACCAGCUGUGCACAGCCGGACAAGGGGGGUCUGGAGACCCCCCUACACAAGACUCUCCUGGAGCAACAGGCUCAGUGGAAGCUGUUUGAGGUCUUCAACGUCUCCCAGGACACGCCUGUCAUUUGCUAUUUCAUCUGCUCCAGGGAGCAGAGGAGCAGGAGUGCCAACAUCAGCGUGUUCCAUCCUCCGAAGCUAGUGCUGCUGAAGCUGUGGCCCACUUUAGUGGCCACCGGGGGCUGGUUCACCAUCGAGUGCAGGGUGCCCGCUGUGGCACCCCUCGAAAGCCUCACUGUCACCCUGCUCCGUGGUAGCGAGGUUGUGUACAGUCAGACCUUUGUGGGGACAACACGUUCCCCCCAAGAGGCCACGGUCACCCGUAACACCACAGCUCGCAGGGAAGACGGCAGCCACAACUUCUCCUGCCGGGCCGAGAUGGACCUGAGCGCUCACGGCGGGGGCCUGGUUCACAGCCUCUCAGACCCCCAGGCCCUCGACGUCUAUGAGCCUGUGCAAGACAACCAGCUGGUAAUUGUCAUCACGGUCGUGUCAGCGCUGCUGCUCUUGUUUGUGACAUCCGUCCUGCUGUGCUUUGUCUUUGGCCAGAAGUGGCACCAGAGGCGGACAGGUACCUACAGGGUGGCAGAUGCUUGGAGGAGGCUGAGACGGGCCCACCGGGCACAGCCCGCGUGAGCGGCAUGGCCCCUGCACGGCAGCCCCUGGAGCUCACUGUGGUUCCUUGGGGUGGUGGUCCAGCCCUGGCUGACGGACCGUGACCAGCAGCAGAGGACUUUUGGGACAUUUCCUUUACUAGUCUGAAUACAAACACCUGGACUUAACCCUGUGCCUCAGCGUCUCCUCCUGGGAAAGGCCAGGGAGGGGAGCCACCAGGCCUGACUGGACUUCUGUCUCCAAAGGUCUCCUCAGCCUGCCUCCUCCGUCUCCUUCCCGGGGCCGUCCAGAGCCCCAGGAGGCCCAGGCCCUGGGGUGCCUCCAUGCCGACCAGCCCAGGCACCAGACACCCACCCUCCUCGGAGCCUGAGUGACGCACUCCUCCUGAGGGAGGGUGGGGAGAUGCACCCUGGCCCAGGGAGGCAGCGAGACCCUCUGUCCCCACGUGGCCCUCCGGGACUGCAGGCCCUCCCUGCCGGAACAGGGUGUGGCUCUGACCUCUCCUUUCUGCCAGCAGGGCCGGCUUCCAGGGGUAAGAGCUCUGCUCCGGGACCCUCCCGGCCAGGCCGCCCCCACUGCCCUGGGCUUGAG